UGGUCUUUCGUACAAAAUGGCGGACUCCAUUAUCGAGAAAACGCCAGCCCUUCGAGUUAGCCAAUUGGAUGCCUCAGAAUUAGAAAGUGAAGUUGUACACAUCAUAAAGGCACAGCUGAACAAGAUAUUCAGGUAUCACAAGAGUAAUGUGUUGGUUACCUAUGACCCUGAAGUAACAGCUAUAAUAAAGACUCUUAUCUGGAGAUUCACUAUUUAUGUACAUGACAGCACCAUUGGGCAACAGAUUCUGAACCUGAAGUACAGUGGUACCACUCAGCAGACAUCAUGGAUGAGCAGAAGACAGAAAAUUCUGUAUGGACUCAUUCUAAUCUUCUGUCCAUGGCUGAGAGAAAGGGCAGAUAACUUAGUUAAUGUUUUGGGAUUAUCUCAGUAUCAAUUGCAGAUACGAAAAUUUUUAAAAUGGCUGGACAUUAGUCUGAAAGUAGCAGCAGUUGUAAACUUUCUGGUGUUCCUGCAGGGAGGAUUGUAUCAGACAAUAGCAGAGAGGGUGCUAGGAAUCCAGGCAAUGUUCCCCAACAGACAAGGAAUCCGACAGGUCAGUUUUGAAUACAUGAGUCGGGAGCUGCUCUGGCAUGGUUUUUCUGAAUUUCUAUUUUUCACCCUUCCUCUGAUCAAUUUUCAACGAGUGAAGAACUUUGUGCAUCGUCACGUCCUGCCAAGACAUGAGGACCCUGCCCAGGAUGGCCUAAGGGUGAUGGAAUGUGCUGUGUGUGAGGACGUACCCACAAACCCCCAGGAAAUCGGCUGUCCCCACCUCUUCUGUUACUAUUGUGUACAGAGUAACUUUAAGGCUGAUCCAAACUUCUCGUGUCCGAGAUGUCAGAUGAACAUUCCCAGUGUGGACAGUAUACGGCCGUACAGAGCGGUCAUUUCAUAGGCUCAAGCAAUCCUACUCACACCCAGUGUCUUUCAAUAUUUCUAUCAUUUUAAAGAAUGAAACUGUAAAUUAUUUUUAGCCAAUAAAAAUUAUGACAGAAAAAACAA